UAUCCAUUUGAAGAAGCCUCAAUCUCAUCAUAUCAUUAAUCAACUCAACACUUUGAUAAAAAACAAAAAAAAUGCAGUCGCUGCCGGUUUGGCUCCGUAUCACAAACAACUUACAGUCCCACUGAACUCAACUCACCGGUAAACGCUGCCGGAGUCGCUCAUCGGCGCCAGAAACAGUAACAAAGUCCACCAGAUUUUGUAGAUUCACAGAAAUGAAUUCUGCUCAAGUUUUAGCAUUUCAACCUGGAAUUAUUUGUGUGCAAAAGUAUAAAUCACAUGUUUUGCCAAAGGGAAUUAUCAAUUCUUUACCUCGGAUUCAGUGCAUUGGUAUAAGAGAUAAACCUUACAUUAGGUUCAAAUCUCUGAAACCUAUUUGUGCUGGUGGAAAAGGAAAUAACGAUGAGAAUUCCCCAUGGAAAUCUCUUACAAAUGCGAUGGAAAAAUUUAAGGGUCAAUCAAUAGAGGAAGUGUUACAGAAGCAAAUUCAGAAAGGUGAAUAUUUUGACAGUGGUGGAAGUGGAGUAAAGCCACCAGGAGGAGGAGGAGACGGUGGUAGUGGUGGCAGUCCUGAUGGAUCUGAUGAUGAUGGCUACGACACUCGCCAAGUGAUUUUUGCAACCAUUGGCUUAAUAUCUCUGUAUAUCUAUCUCAUCAUGCGCCAGGAAGUUGAAAGGUUAAUUCCAGACUUUAUAAGGUUUAUAUUUACUGGAACUAAGAGUUUUCGACUCAAGCGUAUCAUGGUAAGUUUGGGAAGCAUGUACAGGGGUAUGAAAAAAAAGAAGAGAAGGACCCGUCCUAACUAUUUGGAGAAGGCCAUUUUAAAUACCCCAACAUGGUGGUAUGAUCCUAGGGAUUUUCGUCGAGCCGUUAGGAAUUACUAUGGAUUAAAUUCAAGAUAUGAUUCAAGAUACGAUGAUUCAAGAUAUGAUGAUUAUUCAAGAUAUGAUGAUUAUUCAAGAUAUGAUGAUUAUUAUGAUUAAUUUUGUAGCAUCCUCUACUGUCCCCCCUUUCAUUUGUUUUCUUACCUUGAGCUUAAUGUUGCUUUCUAGACACUGUAUUGUAUCAUCCUUUUUUUAGUGUAUUGCCUUUCCUUGCAUUUGUUUUGCCCUCAUAGCAAGGAAAGCUGUAAGGCUACUCUGUAUGAACUUGAUCUGCUUCUCUAUGAACAAUUGUACCAUCAUUCUAAUCCCAAGGGGACUAACAGGACUUGUAUCCGAUAUGUCGUGGGUUGUAAUCCCUGCUAGUUUCGUUCGAGUGAGUUAAAUGCAGUUUCUUCUGCAUGUAUCAAUGUUAUUUGUUUAUAUUAUGGUACA